AUGUUAUGUCAAAAUAAUCGGAACCUGACAUUUGAUGACUUGUUUUCAAAAUACUUCUAUUUCUAUCAAAAGAAAAAUCCUCUUUUAAACUCACUCAAAUAAAUAUAAGUAUUUCUAGAAUAAUAUUUAGUUACCCGUACUUCUGAAGAAACUUAUAGCAUGGGUCCUCCACCUGUAGUAACAGGAAUCUCUCCGAAGGAAGGUCCGCCAGGAACUAGGGUCACGAUACGUGGAGAAUUCCUGGGUACCAGUGCCACAGACUUAAUAGGUCUUAAAAUCUGUGGAUGUGAUUGCUUACUGUCAGCGGAAUGGAAGAGCAAGAACAAGAUAGUGGCGCGUUCAGGUCCCUGCAAAGGUCGAGGGGAUAUCAUUGUAACUACCAGGUCUGGUGGUGAAGGAACCUCCACAGUGCAGUUCAGAGGCUACCAUGAGUCAAUAGGUCCUGUCAAGGAGAGUGCAGUGUGGGUGGAGGAAGCAGCUCCUCCCUCACUGCCAUGGGGCCGGAGACCCAUGUCCCCCACCACCUACACCCCGCCUGACCCACUGGGACUCUCCACUGAGGGUGAUGACUGCAAGUUCCCUGAAGAGGAACUACAUGAAAUGUUUCCAGAUGGAUCUGGUAAACUCUCUGAUGACAACUUCCAGCCGGGCUGGUACCUGUUGGAGCACCACAGUAAUACUUCCUAUGAGGACCUCAAAGCUGGCAUGGUGUUUCUGCAAAGAAAGGUGGAAAGCCAAAAGGAAGGUCAACUAAGUUUCUUAAAGGCAAAUACUGGAGCUGUCAUGGAUCAGUUAGACAGACUGGUCUUACUCAAGAAUAUGUAUGAGGAGGACCAGAGGAAGAAUGGCAAGGAACCACUACCCAGUUUACAGGCUGCCAUUGAGGAAUCAAUAACUCUAGCAGACUCUCUGUUCUCGGAGAUCUUAUCUCGUAAAGACAACGCCGACAAGACGCGGGAAGCGCUCUCGCUACUCACACGACAUAAGUUCCUGUUCCAACUGCCGGCCUCCAUCGAUAGGAACAUUCGGAAGAAGGAGUAUGAUCUGGUGGUCAAUGACUAUACCAGAGUCAAGAACUUGUUUGGAAAUACCGAUGUUAAACUCUUCCAAAAAAUUCUUGCUGAAAUUGACAAGAAGAUAGAGGAUUUGAAAGAGAAACUGUACACGAGAAUGAAAACGAUGCCCAUCAAUGUUCAGGAGCAGACCAAGUAUAUCAGGUUACUGAUUAGUUUGAACUGGGAAGGUGAUGCUGCAUGGGUGGCCAUCACCAGUCGCAAGGAAUACCUCAUGACGCUACUGAAUAAGGUCAAAGAUCACUUCAAACAGAAGGAGGAACAAGAGAGCAAUGAGAAAGGCAAGCGCAAGCAGAAGGAGAGCGAGUCGUGCGGCGGCUGGAGCUUGGUCCGCGGGCAGUGGGCGGCGGCGGCGGCGGGCGCGCUGGCGGCGCAGCUGCACGCGCUGUGGCCGCUGGCGCGCCGCUACUUCGCGGGGGAGCUGGCGGGCGAGCCCAGCAACACGCAGCGGCAGCUCGAGCUUAAGGACAUGAUAAUAGCAGCAGUAGAGUUGUUCUCCGAGCACAUGCGCGCGUGCCUGCUGGCGCCGGGCGGCGGCAAGCUCGUGCCCACCGACACGCUGCGGGUGCGGCUCGUGGCCAACCUGCGACAUCUCAGGGAGGCCUACGACUCGCUGCUCAAACUCGAUCUGCCUUCACAGCCUCUAAGCAUAGUGGAGAAGGUGAUCUUCGACUACCGCGUGCACGGCAUGACGGUGUUCCUGCAGCGCGCUCACAAGCGCGUCAAGGGGCUCGCCGACAAGGAGACCUGGAAGAUCGAGGAGUUCACCGACUACGGAGCCAUUACCAACCUUCCACACUUACUAGAAACAUACGUGACCGAGGCGUUCGCAGCGAUCCACAAGUGCGUGGCGAGCAGCGGGCGGCGCGAGAGCCCCCUACUGGCGGAGGGGGGGGAGCCCGCCGGCAUCCUGCAGGAGCACACCAAGGCCAUCCUGCUGGAGUACGUGGGCGUGCUGCGGGGGCUCGCGCUGCAGCAUGAGGACCCGGAGUUCAACAACAGCAACCUGUCGGAAGCGCUGGAGCAGCGCCUGGAGGAGUCCCCGGGCGCGGGUCGCAGCUGGCAGCACUGCCUGCUGCUGGCCGACGCCAACGCGCACUACACGCGCAGGCACACGCUGCCCAGCCUCGCCGCCGCCGCUAGCAAUUACGGCUUCCCAAAACAGACGGAAGCUUUACAAGCGACUAAGGACGCCCUACUGGCUCUGGAGACCACAAUCGCGGACACGUACCUGGAGCACAAGGGCGACCCACUGGUGGGCACCAUCGAGCCCAGCAUGCACAUGGGCCGCCACAGGACGGAUGGUGACGCCGUCAUCGACGACGCCCGCCCGUACGUCUACGAGAUCAUUAAUAACUUGAUCGCUGUACAUGCUGAGGUGGACAGCGUGUGCGGCGCGGCGUCGGUCCGUCACGUGCGCGACAUCUGCGAGACGGUGUGCGAGGAGCUGGCGCGGCUGGCGGCCAGCGCGCCGCCGCCCGCGCCGCGCGCCGCCUUCCAGGCGCGCCUCGAGUACACGCUGCUGCAGCAGGCCUGCGCGGAGCAUCUCACCAGGAAGGCCGAGAACUGUCUGAUGGAAGCACUGGCUGGGAUACCUCCAUUAGAAAGCGAAGAAGAAAAAAGACGUAUGGAUGCAAUAGUGGAAGACUUUAAGAAACGAAUGGCGCUGCAGUUGGCCAGUCUGAACUGUCACAUGGAGACUGUUUAAAGUAUUGUAAGCGUUAUUUUUAUGUAAAUAGAGUUCGAAAUUGAUUAAUAGGAUAUAUUUUAUGAUUAUUUGGUUAUAAAUCAAAAGCUUUAAGAGUUAUUGCUGUAUUCUAUCCAAGUUUAUUUUCAAGUGUUUAUAAAAAUGUAUUGUUUUAACUAGGUCUUUAGGUACAUUCUUAAAGAAGUUUAUUUAAUCUUAAAUGUAUAGAUUUGUCUAAAGUGAUCGCAACGCCUUAUUUUUACAGAAAGUUAAUUUGAUCAAAAAAAUAUUAGUUUGUUUCAUUCAGCGCUAGUUAUAGAUUUAAAUUACAUUAGGUAAGCUU